AUGGAUCGCAAGCUUGUUGAGAUGCAAGCCGUCAUUUCACGGCGUGAGGCGGAGUUCCGGAAGCAAAACAUGGACCUCUUCACCGAACUCCUCGGGGAAAUGAGGACGGAAGACGGUUUGUGUGAGAAGAACUCAAAGGAGCUGCAAUACAAACAGAAGGAACUUGCAAAGCAAAGAGCAGAAAUUGAAAAGGCGGAAAAGGACGUAAAGGCGAAGUUGGAUAAAGUGAAGUUAACCCGUUCCAGGUUGGCAGAGCAGAUGAGCGAAAUAAAAGAAAAAUUGGAGACAUUGCGGAAGUGGGGUCCUGCAGAUCACGCGUCCCCACUGGGGCUUCUGCCAGCUGGUGCAACGGCGGCAGCUCCUGAAAAUGGAUCGAAUGGGCCCGCUCAAACAUCAUGA